AUGAACUCGUCGCCGCCUCGGAGAACCAUCGAGCCUGUGCUCCCUGUCGCCGGCGUCAAGCGUCCUGCACCAACCCUUCUGCCACCGUUCGAGCCUCUUUCCUCCUCACCAGGCUUCCCUCGGCCGCUUAAGAGGCAGGCACGAGACGCCUCCGUUGGAGGUGCCGGUGCUCACCUCAAGUAUCCCACGCCUGUGCCCACGUCCAGCACCGGCAUCCUCUCGUCCUCGCCGCCGCGUGUCGCCCGCUGUCCGAGCAUUGCACGUCCCGGCUCCUCCUCUGCCGAACGUGCCCCUCUCGCCUCUGUUCCCUCGAUCGAGCUCAACGACAAUGGCGAGACGCUCCUCAUGGGCCGCUCCAGCAACUCUUCCCACUACCAGCUCUCCGACAACCGUCUCGUGUCACGCGUGCACGUCAAGGCCCGCUACGUGCCUGCCGCCUCGCCUCUACACCCCAACAAGAUUGAGAUUGUGUGCAAUGGCUGGAACGGACUGAAGCUGCACUGCCAGGGCCGCACGUGGGAGCUCCUCAAGGGAGACUCGUUUACAUCGGAGACGGAGGGCACCGAGAUCAUGGUGGACGUGCACGAUGCUCGCCUCAUGAUCCAAUGGCCCAAGAAGGACCUCCGCGAUGCCCUCGGCAAUCUCUCCGACUCGUCUUGGGAGGACUCGCCGCGUCCCCAGGCCCGCGGCGUUGCCGCUCUUCAGUCGAGCCCGAUUCGCCGCGCGCCGCGUAUCGAGACACCCGAGUCUCCUACACCGGCCACCACCAACACAUCCUCGCAGCGCCUCCAGUCUCUGCUGCCCGCGAGCGCGAGCGACGAAAUCCGGAUCUUCGAGGACUUCAGCGCCGAGGAUGACUUGCCCAAGCACGGCGAGCCUGGUCCGGACGUUGGCCAGAGCUUCAUGACCGAGGUGACCAACUCGUUCUCGUCCGACCUCAGCGACCCUGACGAUGACGAGAACCCCGAUGAGGAGAACGACCCCGUUGUCCACUCGUUCGGUCCCUUUGGCGCCAACAUCUCCAAUCGUCUCGCCUCGAUCACCACAUGCUCUCCCAAGCCCACGACGCCCAAGCGCGCGCCGCGGCCACACCAGCUUCCUCUCGCCUCGUCCCCCAUCCUCGCCAAGGUGAAGGAGGAGGAGGUCGAGCCGUCUCCCAAGCGCGAGCCCUCGCCUGCACCAGCGAUCGAGAACCCCACGGUCAAGAACCACGUCGUCAACCAGCUCGCCUUCUCCCGUCUCUCGUCCACGCCCCUGUCUGCCAUUAUGAACGCGCUGCCCGCCGAGGAGAAGCGUGGCCUCACGAAGAGCACGCUGCGUUCCAUCAUCGAGGGCACCGUCUGCAUUGGCGUCAUCUCGCGCCAGGGCAAGGAUGCCGCCGGCCAAGCCCUCGAGAGCGAGUACUACUACAUGCCCGAGGGUGACGACGACGAGCAGCGGAGGCUCGCCGUCACCGAUGGCCUGCGCAAGCCGAGUCUGCGGGCGUGCAGGAAACAGCACAAGCAAUACUACUGGAAGCGCCCCCGAACUCCGUGA